AUGAAAACGAGCCCCCGGCGGCCACUAAUUCUCAAAAGACGGAGGCUGCCCCUUCCUGUUCAGAAUGCCCCAGGUGAAACAUCAGCAGAGGAACCUAAGAGACUCCCUGCCCAACAGGAGCCUAGUCAAGCACAGGCCUCCAAAGAAGUGGCAGAGUCAAGCUCCUGCAAGUUUCCAGCUGGAAUCAAGAUUAUUAACCAUCCCACCAUGCCCAAUACCCAAGUGGUGGCCAUCCCCAGCAAUGCCAAUAUCCAGAGCAUCAUCACAGCAUUGACUGCCAAAGGCAAAGAGAGUGGCAGCAGUGGACCCAACAAAUUCAUCCUCAUCAGCUGUGGGGGAGGCCCAACUCACACUCCAGGACUCCAGCCUCAAACCCACAUCACCAAUGAUGCUAGGAAGACAACAGUGAUCACCGAAACAUUGGGACCAAAACCUGCAGCUAGGGAUGUGAAUCUUCCUAGGCCACCUGGAACCCUUUUGGGACAGAGACGGGAGAGCUGUGCUCUAUGGGAGAAAGGUCUCUCCAAGGGAUGUUCUUCAGGGGGCCCAGGUCUUCAAGGAUGUGAUUCUUGUGAACUCUUCCAUGUCAUUCACUUUUCUUUGUUUUCUCUUAACCCUCAGGUUGAGGAGCCCUCAGGAGCAUCGACAUCCUGGCAUGACUCUGUGUCUGAGCGGCCACCCUACUCUUACAUGGCCAUGAUACAAUUCGCCAUCAACAGCACUGAGAGGAAGCGCAUGACCUUGAAAGACAUCUAUACCUGGAUCGAGGACCACUUCCCCUAUUUUAAGCACAUUGCCAAGCCAGGUUGGAAGAAUUCCAUUCGCCACAACCUUUCUCUCCAUGAUAUGUUUGUUCGGGAGACAUCUGCCAAUGGCAAGGUUUCCUUCUGGACCAUUCACCCCAGUGCCAAUCGCUACUUGACCUUGGACCAGGUGUUUAAGCCACUGGACCCAGGGUCUCCACAAUCGCCCGAGCACUUGGAAUCACAGCAGAAACGACCAAAUCCUGAGCUCCGACGGAAUGUGACCAUCAAGACUGAACUCCCGCUGGGUGCACGAGAGAUUCACAAAGGCAGGUCUAGAGAAGUGGAUGAAGCAGACGGGUGUGGAAAGAGCAUGCCCAUAUACAACGCCGUGGAGACAGAUAAUUCCAGUUUGUACCUGGUACUGCUGCCUGAUGAGGGCGUAGCCCCUCUCUCUGCUGCAGGGACAGUGAAGGAGGAGAAGCUCCUGCUGGGGGAAGGACUGUCUUCUUUUCUUCCAGUUCAGUCCAUCAAAGAGGAAGAAACCCCUCCUGGGGAGGAGACACUGCACUUAGCAAGACCCAUCAAAGUGGAGAGCCCGCCCUUGGAAGAGUGGCCCUCCCCGUACCCAUCUUUCAAAGAGGAAUUAUCUCACUCCUGGGAAGACUCAUCCCACUCUCCCACCCCAAAGUCCAAGAAGUCCCACAGUGGCAUCAAGUCCCCAGCCCGGCGUGUCUCGGAAAUGCUCGUAAUUAAACGCAGGGAGAGGAGGGAAAUGAGCCGGUCUCGAAGGAAACAGCAUCUGCAGCCUCCCUGCCUUGAUGAGCCUGAGCUGCUCUUCUCAGAGGGCCCCAGCACUUCCCGACGUGCCACAGAGCUCCCUUUCCUACCAGACUCCUCUGAGCCUGUCCCCCAGCUUGUCUACUCUCAGGAGGAGGGAGGAUCUUUUAAGACACCCAUAAAGGAGACACUGCCCAUCUCCUCCACUCCCAGCAAAUCUGUUCUUCCCAGAACCCCUGAAUCCUGGAGGCUCACACCCCCAACCAAAGUAGGAGGGCUGGAUUUCAGCCCAGUGCGAACCCCCCAUGGUACCUUUGGCAACCUGCCUGAUUCCCUGGGGCUGAUGGAUCUCAGCACCACCCCACUGAAAAGUGUUCCCCUCUUUGACUCACCCCGAGAGCUCCUCAAUUCAGAACCCUUUGACCUUACCACUGACCCCUUUGGCAACUCUUCCCCCUCAAAUAUGGAGGUCCCCAAGCCAGGCUCCCCAGAGCCACAGGCUUCCAGCCUUUCAGCCAAUCGUUCUCUGACAGAAGGCCUGGUUCUGGACACGAUGAAUGACAGCCUCAGCAAGAUCCUGCUGGACAUCAGCUUCCCUGGCUUGGAGGAGGACCCGCUGAACCCUGACAACAUCAACUGGUCCCAGUUCAUUCCUGAGCUGCGGUAG